AUGAUCAAUAACCGAACAGAGAAGAAGUUUGCGGCUGCUAUAGUCAAGUUCUUGAUGUGGGUGGAGAAGAAAUUUGGGGAGAAACUGUCUGUCAAAAGUUUGAUUGAUAAUGUUAAGGAUGAAGACGGGAAAACGAAUGCCGAGUGCCAACAGAACAAGUCAUCGUACGUUGCCUUCACGGACAGUGAGAGGCUGAUUGGUGACACAGCAAAGAACCAGAUUGCUAUGAAUGUGAAGAAUACAGUCUUCGAUGCAAAGAGACUGAUUGGAAGACGCUUCAGUGAUCCAGCAAUUCAAGAGGAUAUGAAGCACUGGUCGUUCACUGUCGUCAACAAUGGCAAUGACAAGCCAGUGAUUCAAGUGGAGUACAAGGGAGAGACUAAGAAGUUCACACCAGAGGAGAUCAGUUCGAUGGUGUUGGCGAAGAUGAAGGAGACAGCAGAGGCGUUUGUUGGUGGGAAAGUCAACAACGCAGUCAUCACAUGUCCAGCCUAUUUCAAUGACUCACAGCGACAGGCAACAAAAGAUGCAGGCACAAUAGCAGGCAUCAAUGUGCUCGGAAUCAUCAAUGAGCCAACAGCAGCAAUAGCAUAUGGACUUGACAAGAAGACAGAGAGAGAAAAGAACGUCUUGAUUUUUGAUCUUGGUGGUGGAACAUUUGAUGUCUCACUUCUUGCUAUUGACUGGUGUCUUUGA